UAGGCCCGUUCUUGUUCGUUUCCUCCUGUCCGUUUGAUCUCUCGCUGGACUAAUUUGAGAGAAUCUCGCUGGGCGGCCUUCCCUCUCUCUAACGUCACAUGCAAACUUCGACACGUGGCUGCCACCGGCGGCUAUGGCGAUUCUCAGUCCGGUUUCAGGUGAAGAUCCCGGUGCCACGUCAUCGUUUCCCGCCAAAUUUCCCUCCAAAUUUCCCGCCAAAGUUCAGCAAAUACGAUCCGCUGGAUCCGCCUUGCCGUCGGAGGGAGGGAGCUUUGAGAAAUGGAGCGCGCAGGCGGCGCCGCUGCUUUCUGUACAUGUGUCAGCCGUGGUGCCAUUGAGAGGAGGAGGAGAGGACGAAGGAGAAGGAGGAGGAGGAGGAGGAGGAGGAGGAGGAGGGAGGAGGAGGGGAGACGGACGAAGAGCAAGAAGAAGAGAAGAAGGAGAAUGGGAGGAGGGGGGACAAGGAGCGGCGGCCAAGGUGUUUUCUUUCUUCGCCACGUGGCGGAGAGGUGAUGACGAUGCCCCCGAUUCGUCGGGUCGCAGAAAGAAGAUGAACAAAUCGAAGUCGGCGAAGCGCAGGGGGGGAAAGCGAGGGGCCAAUAAUAAAAGGGGGAGGAAGAAGGAAUGGUCGCCCGCGCUCUUGAACAGGAAAGUGCUUUGUAAUUUGCUCUGGGUUCAUCUCUGCAUAGCGGCAGUGCUGGCCGUCUUUAUGACGGUUCAACAGUCAGUGAUCACAACCAAGGCAAUAGCCAUAACGCAGAUAUGUGCUGAUUGGUCGACGUUGUCCACGUGGCGGUACUGGACAGCGAUGACGCACGCAGACAUCAUGAACGACUUCAUCAAACUGUUCCAUGUGCGGCGGAAAAGUGAUAGCUUGCUGAAUCUCUUCCGCUUUCAGAUGUUGGCGGGAAGCCCAAACUGGUCGCCAGAGUUUCUACCCAACGUGUAUUUUCUCGAAGUGCUCAACAGUGCCAAAAGGCUGCAGUACGAGAUGCAGUUUGGCCUCAGUGUUGUGGGCGAAGACCAUAUUCCCGUGCCAUAUCAAGCAGGAGAGAGAUACGCACCUUUACAUUUUUUCAGGGCCAAAGACUUUGACAAGCAAGGUGUCGACUUCUUCCGCGGGACGCGGUGCGCCUUGGCUGCGGAAUUCAUCACCUAUGCCAUCAACAUUAUCAAUCUAUUGCAGCCGCCGCCGUCUGUGCCGAAGGGUGUCCAACAUUUCCUCAUUGUACACCCUAUCACCCAGAUAUUCGUUGUCCCUUUUGUGCUCAAGGACGCUAUCAGGACUGCAUGAUGCCUCACUGUGAUGAACAUCCUGCUGUUUUUUUGACAUGCGGACAGCAUGUCCUUUGUCAGGACUGUUUUGAUGGGAUGGUCCGUGCUAGCCGUCCUGCUGAAUGCUGUGCCGAAGUAGCUCUCCUUGGGUAUCCUUGUGAACAUCCAUGUCAUCCUCAGCGUGCCUGUCCUAUCUGCCGGGGUGGGGGCUCUUCUUCCUAACUGGUCAAUAGAAUCAAGCGAUCAGGAGCAACACUAAUUGUAGGACAGAUAAAAGAAAGUACAAAUU